AUGGGUCCCGCAGGAGCACUACCACCAAGUUACGCCGCGACCUCGAUACUUCUGAACCUGACGUCUGUGUGCCGAUCGAUAUCGGGCACGAGGAUCACCCUCAGAAUGGCCUUCCCGAAAACAAAGGCCCAUCGUGGUUCUGAUGCAGCAGCACCGAGCGUGUCAUGCGAGGCCCCGCAGGGUCACGAGCGCGACGCACGUUGCUGCAAAGCCCGAGCCCGGCCGCGCGCCGUCGAUACCGCGCGCCCCACGGCUUUCUGUAGCGCGCCCGCUAAGUUAGCAGCGCGCUCGAUCCGACGUUCGAAGGAUCGGAAUCGACGCUCGAAGACGCCGAGGCGCGACGAAGCAGGGCACUUCGCUAUUACUAGCGUGCUAGACGCUAUCAGCGCGCGCCUGCACGCGCGCGGCCGCGAGAUCUGCGUCCGAGCGAUCGUGGGCACGCGACGCCGCAGUGCACCGACGCAGGCCGACGCACCAUAG